AUGCGCGCCGCAAAGAAAGCCGGAGUCGACAAGUCAAGCAGCAACAUCUGGGCGGUACGCGACCACUUCCCUGACUCGCUCAAGGACAAAACGCCCCCAGCACCAAAGGACUGGACCGCAUUCACAGAGGCAAUCAAGAAGGUUGACAUCACCCAGCUCAUUGAGGCCGCGGAGGAGGAGCGCCAUAUGGUCAAAGCCAAAGCCAGAACCCAGAAGGUCGAAGCAGAACUGGCCGUUCUGCGGGCAUGCGGACUGAGGGUGCCGCCGCCAGCCAUCCCUGCAUCCCCCACCACCCACAUCCGCACUCAGCUGGGCCGCACCAACAUCUCGUCAACGCACAUCCCUGCUCCCGCAUUUACCUCAUCACCCAAGAUUCUGGGCCCGGAAGCCAAGGCCAACCUCAUCCGCGUGGUAGAACGGAUGCGAUCUGCCGCCCCGCUGCUUUCAACCUCCGCCACGGAUGUAGCCUGGUAUAACACGCUGUUCCAGCAUUGGAAAGAGACAAGUUCAGCACGUCCCGUGGAGGAGGUUGGAGUCCCGCUGUCGCCGGGCACGGUCUGGCCUGGCAGCAGUGAAUGCUGGAACUGCGGCAAAGUCACUGCACCGCGCCACAAUGCCGCGGAUUGUGACGGCGCCAAAAUCCCUCUCCCCGAACGGCGCUUCCGCCGCAUCUGCUCAAAAAACCUUCCUCGCACCGCGCCGGUUGCUGUCAACGCUGUUUUGGGAAGCUGGAUGGACGACAAUGACGAGCAGGGUUUUCCAGGGGAGUCACUGUGA